ACAAUUGCUUUCGUGAAAAGUUAAGGUUUAAACCUGAGAGUUUAAAAAAAAAUUUUAUAAAAGAGCUUUCACGAAAAGCUAAGGGUUUAAAAAAAUUUUUCUUAAAUAAAAAAUAUUUUGUAUUGCUAUAACUAAAUAUGUUAGUAUCCACCGAAUAAGUGUUUUUUAUUUUUUAGAUAUUUUUUCUCAGUGUAUGACAUUCAUAUUACACAGAAUACUGAAAUACGAAAAAGAUCCAAAAAAAGAAAAUGGUCAAAAUUUGCUCGAAACAGUGUCAUAUAAAAUGCAAAACUGACUGUGACUUUAAGAAAUUCAUUGCUGCAACAAUAAUUACAUUAUCAUGUAAAUUUAUUAUUACAUUUUAAAUUUCGUAUCGUAAAUUACAUUAUCGUAUAAUGUAAAGUUUGCAAGUAUGAUAUCUCUUUAAGAGGAUCACCGACAAAAUACUGAUUUCUUUCUACAAAGUUUGCAUUGUACCGGUCGCACAGCAUACAGGUCCAUGCUUUUACAUACAAAAAAGUACGUUCAGUAAUGAAUUGGAGUAUCGCUCAAUAUCGAAAACGAUAAAAAAUAAAAUAAAAUUUACGUCGAGCUGUCAGUUGGCGUAAACACUUGAUACAAAAGUUUCGUGUAGCUUGUGCGUACUGCACGUGUGUUUACCCCGUUGACGAAAAUUUCAAGGAAUUUCUGUAUCUUUGCUACUCAAUGUGAAAACUCAAAAGUACACGAAAAAUUUGCAGAAAGCUUUCGACAAAUGCGCGGUUAUGUUUACCGUCGGCACAUGGUAAAACAGCAGCGCGCGUUUUAGAUUUACGUGUAUGAGAAACACGAGGACAAUACGAUGACGAUCGUCUCUACGUUAUCGACAUUUGUCUCGUCAUUUCCUUGGGGGCAUUCACUUGCAAGCCGCAAUGAAACGUAAAAAGCGACAUGAUCCGCAAGCAUCGGCGUGCAAUUAACGAUCCCCACUCGUGCAUUGUUGUGCGCGGUGCAACGCGACCGCGCAUUUGUGCACGGCUUAAUAUACAUAAUAAACCGCUCGUCUCGGUGGGGGGAAAAAACGAGUUUUCCGCGGACCACGGGGCUGUGUGAUCGUUAGCAUCCCCGGGUGUGUAAUGCUCGGCGGAAUGCUCGCGCGCGCGAGAGCAACACGUUAAUUGGCCGAGAGUUACGGCGAACGUGCCAUACGGCUCGCUCCUCUCCCUCCGCCGACAUCGGCGCGGCGUGGCGCGGCAGCCGGCUGCCGUCUCGUGCUCGCUAGCAUCCGCUUCGGGCGCGUCGCGGCGCUGCGGUCGCAUGGCCGCCCUCAGUAUUCGCGAGCCUCGCUCGGUGUGUGUUUCGUGGCGUGGUGGUCGUCGCCGUCAUCGUGACCGUCCCCGUCUCUCUCGGCCGUGCGCCGUUUGUUGUUCCGCACGUCGCCAGUCCGCGCGCGCUUUCGUAAUUAAUUCCGUUCUCGAGAAUCCGUCCCGAGCCGUGCGACGAUCCUCUCUCGUCGUGUCAUCGACGCCGCUCCUCCGUCGCCGGACGAUCCUUCUCUCUUCCUCUUUCUCUCUGUCUCUCCUCUUCCUCCGCCUCUCUUUCCCUCUUUCUCUCCGUCUGUCGCGAGCGAGGGGAAGGAGAAGCAGCAACGGUGCGGCGUCCGUGUUGGAGUUUGUGUCGCGCGCGCAACGCGUAUUUCUCUACUACGCGUGUGUCAGUGCGUGAGAGUGAGUGUGUGUGCGCGUGUCAGUGUACGCCGACGUCGGCGUCGUCGCCGACGAAGAUCGCUGGAAUCUCUCUCGUGCCCUCCGUCGCCAUCUCUCUUCCCGCCGUGUCUCUUCCCUCAGCUCCUCUCCAUCCGCGUGACUCUGUCCGCCGUUAGUGCUCCGACUAUCUUCCUCUUCUCCGUGCCGUGAGUAACCUAUCUGCCUGUCCACCUAGCCGACUAUACGUCGGCUACGCGGAAUACUACGCGCCGCUGCCUGUGUUUACGAUCGUCGCGUCCUCUCUAUCGCCGUCUCGCUCUCCUCUCACCUGCGCUCCUCGGCCUGUGGCGCACAGGUGUCCCGUGGAAGCGGCGGAGGAGAGCCGACGCCUGCUGUGAUAUAACGUCCGGGCCUCGCGCCGUGCCUCGACGCUUCUUCCCGAAUCCUGCCGAGAAAACGAGCCCUCCACUGCCCGAGUCGUCGUCGUCGUCGUCGACGUCGUCGUCGUUGAGUACGUACGUCAUCGUCCGGGUUCGUGCACUUCCGCGUCCCUUUUCGGCGCGUACCUGUUCGAACGUGUGCUCGUGUCAUGUGCGCGCGCGCGUAUGUGUGAUGUGAAGGAGAGAGAGAGAGAGAGAGAGAAAAAAGAAAGGGCGCGAGGCGAAGGAAAUUUCACGCGUGUGUCGUCUGAUUACCUCUCGUGCCGUCGACGGUGUUUGUCCUUGGAAGUUUGUCCUUGGAGGUUAGUCAGCCGGUUGAUCGGCCCGUGAAUGGACGCUCCUUUCCACGUUGCUCCCGUGCUCCAGAUCCCGGGAUUCGUUGGAUCGCUCGCUCUCCGUUGACUGUCGCGAGACGCAAUUACGAAAUUUACUCGCCGCACACACGAGCACGCGGGUGGUUUGCCUUAUCGCGGGCUGGCUUAUUUCGGGCGACGUUAAUUUUCUAAAUUGGCGCCGGGGCGUGGUGAAAUUCAUUCAACGCAACGGCUCGUGAGAGAGGCGUUCGCGAGAGGCGACACUGUGUACCUCUUCGGGCACAAAUUGAUUACAAUCAGAAGAAAGUUAUUUAAUUCCAAAGUGACGUGACAUCUGUUAAGCACGCGAUGAUAUCUCUCUUUUGCUCGUGGGACACUUUGCGGUGAAUUAUUCAUAGCACUGUUCGUUGCACAUUUGUCGACACUGUGUAAAUCAAGAAAGAACGAUUGAACGUAUCCAAACUUAAUAGGUUAGUACUCGUUUCUUUUUCAAUAUAUUUCAGAAUUUAGCAGAUGGUCCAAUGGGAGAACCUGUUCUUGAAUAAUUUUCAGAAAUUAAGAUCCGUGUUAAUAAUGAUCUCACCUGAAACUUGAGACCACGUGAGAGAUACUCAAUCUUUUAUACAGAAUCACAUCUAAGCUCUUUAGUUGAAUUAUAUUAUAUGUUAUAUUUAUAUCUGCAAUAGAGCGAUUUAAUUGUCUCACUGGGGACGAGUUUCAAAUAAUAAAUCAUUGGAUCGUCGACUGCGUUCUGAAAUCUGAAGAGAAGGUGUUGAAACCGUAGCGUAACACAUGUUUCUGUGUGCGUGUGCGUGUCAGGCUUAUCUACAAUAUAUAGAGUAAGCUUGGUAUGAGAAGUAAGAAAUAAAAAUUUAUUUUGUUUAUAUACUUGCCUGUAUUUUAACUUUCUUACAUCAGAAGUGUUUCUUUAACUUCCGGCAGUACUUUCAGCAUAAGAGAGUUAGAAUAUAGGCGUAAACGAAAUAAAAUAUUUUUAUUUUUUACUUUUAAGGUUGACCGUUCCAACUUCCUGGUAAGUUAACUGAUAAUUAAAUCUAAGUCUAUUUUUGCUUUUCCUUCAACUUAGACAAACACAGAUAUAUAAUUUAACUAUCAGUUUACUUACCAAGAAGUUGAAACACAACCGGGCCUUACUUCUUACACCAAGCUUACUCCAUUUAUUGUAGACCAGGCCUCAGAGUUCAAUCCUUGAAGAGGUUGAAUCAACGUAUUGUGCAACGAUCUGUAUUUCCGGGACGAAAAGCUUCACGUCCAGCCGGCGUCUCACUUUUACUUCCACCGUGGAGCACGCGGUAGCGACGUCUCUGAGAAAUCGGUCCUCGGUUUUACACCCACGCCGUGAAUGAAGUUAUUGUGCCGCCUCAUCGACGCGUUCUCAUCGCCGCGCCCGCUCGGUCUAUCCUCUGAAAUGAUUUUCUCGUUUAUAACUGCGGCCGUAAAUCGUCGGCCGCCAAGGUAAUUAAAUAUCGAUUUAGCUUUUAGGCUUUCAUAUCGCGAAGCGAAAAAGCGAAACACACCCGAUCUACCGACUGAUCACGCUCACCCACGCCGGGGGAAGCCCACGAUUCCGUCGAGUCACACGCGAGAAAUUUUCUCCGGCCUUGGUCUGCAUCUCAUAAAAUUCUCGAGCGAGGUACAAACUCGGCAUUGGCUCGGCGAACGCCCGAAGAGAGAAGGAAGUGCCUUCCGCCUCGAUCAAUUCGUAAAAGUAAAAUUUGCAUCAUAUUAGGCGCGACGAUUACACCCACGAGAUUAAUCUAAAUUUUUUAUCGCACUUGCUAGUGCACUUCUCGCCGCUCGAAUUGUGCUACAUGUUUAACAGCGAAACCACCAAAGCAGUCAAAAUGACAAGGGACGGAAACUAGUCAGAUCUGAAACGGUGCAUUUUGUAUUUUUAAUUGACGCGUUGAGAAUAAAAUUAAGAAGAACAAGUGAUAUUUUGUCACAAAACUCUGUUAUUUGGGCCGUUCUGGGGAAAAUAAGUCACUAGUCGUCGGUACACAUAGAAAAAUACAUGUUGCAUUCGAGCAAACGUUGCUUAUCAAAAAUAUUUUAUAAGUUCAUACAUCCGCAAAUCUAUCACAAGUCUAUCACAAACAUCAAAUUCACUCAGAAUACAUUCCCAGUGGGUUUAGGAUGUUAAUCAAGAAUAUAUUAAAUUAAGAGAAAUUCGGUUUGCUUGCUAGAAUCGAAUCAAUUUUUUCUUUGAUAAAGUUUUGCGAUGUUCUCAUGAAGAGAAUCAAUUCUUCUUCUGGGCAAGUGACAGUGAGCUUUCCAGAAUAAGAAAUGAAUAUAUUUUAAAACCAUGAUCAAGAAAUUAUUCGUUGUCGAAGAUAAUCAUUUUUACUUAAUGCUUUCCAUCACAUUCUCAUCUUUGCAUUUCUGACUUUUUAAAAAAAGCCAGAAUUUUGCAAAGGAUUCAGCCUCUGCUUGAGAAAAUAUCAUUAACUAUUAUCUUUACCAUUUUUAAUAGAAAAAGAUCAGUUUUUACCUGUUUUUCCCGGAAAAUAUCAGAUUUUAUUAUUGACAUGUGGACUUCGUUCAAAUGUGGAAUUUUGCCAACCCUGUAUUAAAGGUAGCCAUUACUUAAUAGAAGGUAUGCAAACCGAGUAAUCACUUAUUACUAGUAAUAGAAUGAUAUUUUUCUGUGUACAGUUUGUGUGUUAAGCAACAAAUUUCAUUAGAAUCAUCUGUGAACGCAGCUCUUUCUCUCUCAUCACACACACACGCGCGCACGCGCGCACCUAGAUUAUUAAUGAAACAUAUUAAUCAAUAAUAUUUAUUGUUGGCGAAUAUUGUCGAAAAGCGAUAUUAAAUUUCCGGCCGACCUGUGCCGACCAAUGUCGAUUCGAAGUUCGGCUUCAUAAUCAUCUUCGCCGCGUGCAAACGAAAAAGUAUUUCGCGUGGUACUUCUUGCCGUGUUUACGAAAGAGAGCCGUGCGGCGUGCGUUGUUUAGUCGUCUCGGGCGACCACGAGCAAACACAAUGCGCGUCAUUCAUGACGGUCGGGCAGUGGCCAAGUAGUUAACUUUUCCUCGUUCCCCGAUGCGCAGGGACGCGACUCUCCUCCAGUCGUCAGUCAGUCAGUCAGUCGCUCUCUCACGGUUCUCGUCCGUGCGAGUAAAUUCCCGUGGUGUGCCAGUGAUCGGGAAUUCCGUUGUAAAUAAUCAGUGACAUCCCGUGGCGAAGCCAAUCGCGGCUCGAACUCGACUGCAUUUCGUACGCCGUUGUGUUCUACCUGAGCCGGUUCCGAAGUACUGUCACAGUGCCAUAACAGCCUCAACGUAGUAAUCUAAUCUCUCUGUCUCUCUUCCUCUCUCUCUCUCUCUCUCUCUCUCUCUCUUUCUCUUUCUGUCUGCCUGUGUUUGUGACAAAAGAACCGAGAAGAUACCUCCGCGCGGAACGCGCCAACGAUAAGCCGCGCAACGUCAGCGUACGCGCACGACUGUUGAGUAAUCGAGAGGCCGAUAACGAGAGCGCUAUUCGCUCCAUGUAACAAGCUCGAGCGGCUCGAACGGGAUUCCCGAUACGUUCGCGGGACCAGUCGGUCGAGACAUCAGCGGCGGCUAGCUGGCAGAAACAGCAACGUCGCGGAGUAAGACGACGGUCGGAUGCGAUCUCCUCGUCCAGCAGUGUGAGACGGCAAUCGUCGAUACCACGUGGCGGACAAGGCACGUCCCGGCCGCCGUCAGCGAGGAUCACCGCCGUCGUCCUCGUCGCGGACGCCCGCACGGGCACGUGGAACCGCGCGAAUCCCACCGUCGAGCCGUGGAGCCGCGAACGAAGAGCGGCGAACGACGACGCGAGCCGCUGCCGCCGACCCCGCGAGGAGCAGCAGGUGCACACCGGGAUGCGCGCGUCGACAGGGGCCACCCGGUAGCUCCGUUGCCGGCGCUCGUAGCGAUCCUGCGGCCGUGGGGUCGCAAGAGACGAGGUCGCUUCAAGGACCGAGCUGCGAACGCGAUGUCGAUACGCGUGAGCGGCGUCUACCUGGUGCCCAGCCCGGGCGGCGGCAACGACGCCGGCAACGACAAGCCCGGUAACCUCGGCGUGGAGGCCGGCUUGCACCACCAGCAGCACCACCACCAUCACCACACGACCACGAAGACGGUGACGAUCGUGGCGGCGCCGCAGCGCAGCAACAGCCUGGACUACCUCAACUUCGAGGAGAAGCGACAGAUCAUCGCGUCGUCCUUAUCGCUCAGCGACUUCUUGGCGCAUGGACCGGCCGCCGCCGCCGCGGCCGCCAAGGAGGUCGCCGCGAAUACUGUCAUUGCGAAAAAGCAAAAUGGCGCUGCCUUGCGGACGAACAGUCUGGGCUCGGGCGCGAGAACGCCGCCCUUGGAGAGAAAAAGCAAGUUCUCGGCCCUCGGUAGACUCUUCAAGCCUUGGAAAUGGAAGCGGAAAAAGAAAUCGGAUAAAUUCGAGGCCGCUUCACUGUCGCUCGAGAGAAAAAUCUCGGUACGUGCCAGCAGAGACGAGUUGGUGCAGAAGGGAAUAUUGCUGCCUGUAAUACGGUCGACGUCGUUUCCCGAAAAUGAAACGAUGAGCGAGCCGGCGGACGCGCAAAAACCGCCGACGCCGCAGCAAACGCCGCAACAACAGCAGCAGCAACAGCAGCAACAGUCCCAGCAGCAGCAGCAACAGUCGCAAAAUCAGCAGCAACCCUCCGGGGGCGUAGGUGGCACCGGGGGUGAAGGCACCCCCGCAGCAACCCCUACGUCCGGCGGUAACGUGCAGCAAUCCCAGCAAUCCCAGCAAGUACCGUCGGCCACGCCGACCCCGACGACUGCCAACCCGCAUUCUGCAGGACCGCCCAGCAAUCAACCGUCGCCCCAUCCCUCACCGCUCUACCCCGGGAUACCGCAGGGCGGGCAGCCCAACGGCAGCACGCAAGAGUCGAAGAAGGAUAAGACUGAACAGAGUGCAAAUGGCGCGAUAUCGCCGAGCGAGCCGCAGGCCGGUAAUCUGGGCGGCCCGGCGCUGGUCUCGGGCCCGGUCCCGGAUGCCGGGGACCAGCAAAAGCCGAACAGGCCGAACACCCUCGAGGCCAGGGUGGCAGCCAGGAGGCUGAUCUUGUUCGACAUGGAGAAGGGGGUGCUGGACCAGAGUGCCGACAACCAGCCGGUAAUCGAGAGGUGUUAUCCAUUACCACCUCAGAAUACCUUGAUGCUGUCGGAACUACCAGAGCCGCCGAUCCCGUUGAGCGAAAUCGGCCCGAUUCCGCCCCCGCCGAUGUUCAGCUCUCCGAGUCCCACUUUGCUGGCGAGACAACGGCAAAUUCCGCUCUCGGAUUGCGAGGACGAGGAUGAAGAGGACAUCGACGUGGAGGAGGACGACGACAACAUGUACGUCUUCAGGGUGUCCCAGCCGGAUCCGGCGAUCGACACGUCACGUGUCGAAGAGAUUCCGGCGAAGGAGCCCAAGUUCCACGCCGUGCCCCUGAAGAGCGUCCUGAAGAAGCGGGGCUCUGGCAGCGGGCCCGGCACGCCUCAGAAUACACCGACGCAGGAGAACAGGCCGCUGACGCUUCGCCAAGAGCUCCACGCCUCGUUCAAAAGGCCACCGUUGAGGCCUAGGAUGAGAAUAUGUAGUCGACCGGUCAGGUUUGGCCUCGCCCUGCCAUGCACGCUGGAGAACAAGGAGAACGCGAGGCCAUAUGUCAUCCGGGAGGACGUGGACGGCGAUUCCGGCGACGGACAAGUGCUCUACAGGGAAGACUACGACGACGAGAAGAACCGUUUGGCAGCCAAGAUCGCGCGCAAGGAAUCGCUGUCGCUGAAGCUCGCCCUCAGGCCAGACAGACAGGAGCUCAUCAACAGGAACAUCCUUCAGCUGCAGACGGACAAUGAGAGGCAGGAGACGAAGGAGGCCAUCGGUGCCAAGCUCAUCAGGCGGUUGAGCAUGCGACCAACCCAGGAGGAGCUCGAAGAGAGGAACAUUCUGAAAAAGCAAAGUCCCGCCGAGGAGAAGAAGCAGAAAGAGGAAAAGAAACGCUACCUCCUGCGGAAGCUCAGUUUCCGACCGACUGUCGAAGAGCUCAAGGAGAAGAAGAUUAUCAGGUUCAACGACUAUAUCGAGGUAACGCAGGCUCACGAUUACGACAGACGAGCCGACAAGCCCUGGACGCGGUUAACUCCGAAGGACAAGGCUGCCAUUAGGAAGGAGCUGAACGAGUUCAAGAGUUCGGAGAUGGCCGUUCACGAAGACAGCAGACACCUCACCAGGUUCCAUAGGCCAUGACAUUGCAAUGUGUUGAGGUGCUAUCGUGUGGUGCGGGUAUCGGUGAAGGUGAAGUGUAGUGGCCUCGCGUCGAGGCUGGCUAAAAAAUUAAGCAAGAAAACGAAGAAAAAAGAUAAAAAAAUACAGCGAAGAAAAAGGGAAGAAGAGGAAGCAGCAGCAGCAGCAGUAGAAGAAGUGGAAGAGGAAGAAGGAGGAGAGGAAGAGGAGGAAGAAGAAGAAUAUCCGGCUGUACCGUCGAGUCGAAUCGAGACGAAAGUGGAGAUGGAGUGCGCGCGGUACUCGCCGACCGGUGACGGUGGUUUACUUUGACGUUGCUGCGUCGUGUCGUCACUCGCCGUUGCCGGCGGGAGACAUAUCCCCGUCGAAUCCGCCACUUCCGUCAUCGCCCACGUUGCUGCUGCUGCAUUGCUGCAGUCAGCAACGGCGAGCGCCACCACGACGCCGACGAAGAUUGUGAUAGGGCGACCCGUCCGCGGCCGCAGAGGGACGACAGACGGGUCGCUCGCCGAUUUCUUUUCUUAAGGGUCGUUCACACCCGUGCUAGUCGAGCAGCUCUUCGCGCUUUCUCCGACACCCCCCCGACACCGUUUUCACCACCGGCACCAUCCUCAGCACGUCGACGGAACGAUUCGUCGGGACGUUUGUAGUACGUACGCGCGCGCGCGUGUGUAUAACAAGGAGGACGUUCUUUAAAUUGUCCCGGAGAUAGUCUCUCGCGACAUAAAUUCUCCAAUAAAUUAACCAAUAUACUAUACAGCGCGCGCGCGCGCGCGCGAGAGAGAGAGAGAGAUUGUCUUUCCGCGUCGAGUAUCUGUCGUUUGAAGCCGCGAACCACACGGCUCCUCUCUGCCGCGGGUUUACCUCUCGGAAGCUUGCCGCUGCGAAAAUCAAAAUCACGCUGUACAUUAGUAGGUAAGACUUUUUUAUAGAAACGCGCUCAGUGUCCGCUCGGUGUGUGUCCGCCGUGUGUGCGAUCAGAAGCUAUCAUUCUGAUCCGACGGAUCGUGUCUCGUUCAUAAUCGACAUUUCGUCUUUAUGAAUUGUCUGCGUUGUUACUUCGUGUUUCUUCUUUUUUUUACCUUUUCCGUUCCUUCCGUUCGCGUUUUUCUACGAUACCUUUCGAAGCGAAUGCGCGACGUGGUGGCGCAUGAUCGUCGGCGCCACGCCGCGCGCGAGUGCGGGUUUCAGCGAUCGGGAGGAUACUUUCAGCGCGAUAACCGCGCGCGCGUACCGACCGCGGGAGAACGUAGAGCUUCAGGGGCACGACCUUCCGCGACUCCCCAACCCAGCUUUGUAAUUCCAAUGGACACUGCGCGCGAGCGCGCGUGUGAACAUACCCUUUAGACGUGUAAACACCAUUUUGCAAUCAAGCUAGCUCAUCAGUGUCACCUGGCAUCGUCGUAUACGUAAAAAAGAAAUGAAAAAAAAAGAAACAAGAGAUAUAAUACGCCUCUGAAGUUUCGAGCCAUCGUAAACGCGUGUGAUAUGUCCCGUUGGUGUGUCACGGGAAUAAUAACAGGGAAAAGGGGGAAAAUACUCGAGCCUCGAAUAACGAAGUAUUCGAAGAUCGAAGCAGGGGAGGUAUACAUCACAAAUGUAAAAGCGAUAUCUCGUACAUAACCGUCGACUAAGUGAGUUGAGUUUAGUUUUAAAGAACGGAAAAAAAAGAAAAUGUUUUAGUAUUAAUAUUUUUAUAUGUUGACGCCCGCGCGCGACACGGAAAUAAAGUCACGGCGAAGAGUUACCGCGAGAGGAAAGAACAAGUAGAGAGAGAGGGAGAGAGAGAAGAAAAGAGAAAGAAGAGAGAGAGCAAGAAAGAAAAUCAUUUUUCGAGGUAUCCUCGUUUUUAACGAUUAAGAGAUUCGGCUGACGUCCGAGAAAUGUGAUUUACGAUAAUUCCAUAUUCACGAUUUUGGCGCGACCGCGCGCGCGCGAGAAGGCAAAUAAAGAAUGAGUAUUCAUUGCUUGUGACUCACUGACAAUUAUUGCGUAGCUCGUUAAGCUCUUCGUGUAACAAAUACACACACACACGCACAUACACACACACAUACACACACACGUACAUCGCGAGAAAAUGGAAACAGCCCAUUCAGUGUCCACGACAAUCGGUCGACUGCUCGAUCGACGAAACUGUUUUCCUUUACUGCCAGGUAUCACUCUCUCGCGGAGCUGCCUUGAGGAGCAAGCGCUUACGACUAUUAUUAUCAUUAAAUUAGAUGUACUCCGUUCGCGGGAAAUCAGAUGCAUUGUGCAAUUAAACUUUGUACAGGAGUAUACAUAUAGUGUGUACGUUAGUGACUAUUAUUAUUAUUAUUAUGUUAUUGUAUUAUUAUUAUUGUUAUCGAUAAUAUCGCUGUAGGACGUAUUAUGGUCGUCGUUGGUUUCGAUCGCGCGCCUUUUGAUCGCGGCCAAAUGCCAAAACGGAAUUCAGCUGAGAGCAGAGCGACCGCUGUUGUUGCGCGCUCGUCGAGCGCGAAUAUCAAGUGGGCACCGGCGCGAAUUGUUAAAUUGCAUUUUCCACAAGUACGAUGUCGAAUGCCUCUCUCGCCUCUCACGUGCUCUGCUCGCGAAAUAGAUUUACCGCGAAAAUGGCCCCUCCGGCCGUGGAGAUCGGAUCGAUAAUAUGCUGCUGCGAAGAUCGGCGAAUAAUAUACGAGCGAGGAUCAUCCCGCUCGUUUGAUCCCCUUCACUCAUUAUCCUCCGAGGAGCGAACGCAUCAUCGCUCGAAGUCGAAGAGUCGCCGGAUUGGCUCCACUGCGUUCGCCGAGCCCGGGACAUCGGCGUCGAUCGCUCUGCUCUCGUGAAGGUAGUCCGCUGGGUUUAGACGUUUUCGCUGUCUCGAUUAUAGUCUAUAAUAUAGCCUAUAAUUACCUACUUAUUAUAGUCUAUAAUUAUACCUCUAUAAUACAGACAGAGGAGAAAAAAAGUCGAAUUAGGCAGAGUUAGCGUCAAUUGAUGUCCGGCGCGACCGGCUCUUAGUAAUCCUCGACUCGUUCGGCCCAUUGUUCCCCCGUCGGAGGGUAGAACGAGGAGGAAGCAGUGUCGCUACGAAUCGCGCUGCGUUGCGCAUCUGUAUCUAGACUCGUGAUAGCUGAUCGAAAGAACGAAGUCCAACGAUGAAGACGAGAAUGGAAAGGAGGUGUAAGAGAGAAAAUGGGAAAUGUGAGGAAAAAGACGAAUGGAGGACACGUGCCUCGAUAUCUUGCACGCUUAUCCCUGGAAAGCCUCUCGCGUCCCACAACCCCCGCUUGUCCAUCUCCAAGUUGUGCGAAAUUGCUGACCCUCUCCCUGCUCCCCCUCCUGCUCCUCCUCCUCCUCGUCCUACUCCCACUCACGUCCUGUUGGCGCGACAAGAGAAAGAAAGAGAGAGAGAGAGAGAGAAAUUCGUCACCUCUUUGUUUCGGAGAAUGACCUCCGAAACCAAUGAAGAUUUAUCAGGAAAAGGAAUUAAAGAGAUGCGAGUUUGCCUCGCGCGGAUCCGGUGAGUAGAGAAUAAGAGAGAAGUAAAAAAGGGAGUAAGAGACGCGGAAGGAGUCGCGGUCGAGAGUCUACUACUUUCCUCUCCUCGUUUAGAAUCCUCCUAGUUUUUAACGAUCGUCCAAUGGGGUGAGAGGAUCGGUGUGUGUGUCGAUCUUUCUCUUAACCCGUCGGUGAACUCAGCUGUUCGAUAUUAAUUCGUCAACUUCGAGGUCGUCGGAGGUAAACAGAACAAAGACCUUCGGGAAUACCACGAAGCAGCACGUCAUAAGGAACGAUAUAAGCAAAAAAAUGAGCAGGGAGAUUAAAGUGUCUCUCUCGUUCCAUUGGUCGAGCGCUGUGGCUACCGUGUAGUCGAACAAAUAUAUCCAUUUCCGGAUUGUCUGGUGCGGAUUGUGUGAGCGCGCUUGAUGUGCCCGCAUGUGCGUGUGUGUAUGUGUGUGCGUCGUGACGAGUGUGCGUAUGUGUGCGAGUGACGAGAGAGAAAGAGAUCACGAACAAACAUAUUUUAGGAUAGAGAGUGGUCAAGAUUUGAAUGGAGCGCGUCUCUGCCGAGUCCUCUCCUCCGAGCUACGUUCGAGAACGUUCCCGCCGCUCUCCCAUCUCUCUACGUCUUUCUACAGAGUAUAUUUUAAUACACUGAGCGUCUUUGUCAGUCGCGAAUAUUCGUGGACAAACACGACAGCUGUUGCCGAGACGCAAAUAGCGACAAUGUCGCUUAACAUAGAAGAAUAACUCUCGUCGCUCUCCUGCGACGAAUUGUCGCUCGCAAGCCCGAACGGGCGAUUGGUCAGAUUUUAUUUCUGAACUACUUGCUAGAUUGCGGAAAGGAGAGUAAAUAAUUAU